AUGGUGAGAGCUCUGAGGUCAAACCCCUCACACCUGAGAGAGCUGGAUCUAAGUAACAAUGACUUGAAGGAUUUAGGAGUGAAGCUGCUCUCUGCUGGACUGGGGAAUCCCCACUGUAAACUGGACACUCUGAGGCUGUCAGGCUGUGGAGUCACAGAGGAAGGCUGUGUUUCUCUGGACUCAGCUCUGAGGUCAAACCCCUCACACCUGAGAGAGUUGGAUCUGAGUAACAAUGACCUGAAGGAUUCAGGAGUGAAGCUGCUCUCUGCUGGACUGGGGAAUCCCCACUGUAAACUGGAGACUCUGAGGCUGUCAGGCUGUCUAGUCACAGAGGAAGGCUGUGCUUCUCUGGUCUCAGCUCUGAGGUCAAACCCCUCACACCUGAGAGAGCUGGACCUGAGCUACAAUCACCCAGGAGACUCAGGAGUCAGACUGCUCUCUGCUGGACUGGAGGAUCCUCACUGCAGACUGGAGAAACUCAAUGUGGAACAUGGUGGAGAGUACACAAUGAAGCCUGGGCCUAGAAAAUAUGUCUGUGAUCUCACACUGGACCUAAACACAGUAAACAGACUCCUCUCUCUGUCUGAGGAGAACAGAAAGGUGACAUGGAGGAGAGAGAAGCAGUCGUAUCCUGAUCACCCAGAGAGAUUUGAGGACUGUGAACAGGUGCUGUGUAGAGAGGGUCUGACUGGGCGCUGUUACUGGGAGGUAGAGUGGAGUGGGAGAGAGGCUGUUAUAGGAGUGACAUAUAAAGGAAUCAACAGGAGAGGAAGGAGUGAGGACUGUUGUCUUGGAUACAAUGACAAGUCCUGGAGUCUGUACUGCUCUGACAACCGUUACAGAGCCUGGCACAAUAAUAAUCUCACCCCCAUAGACGUCCUCUCCUCCAGCCCCCACAGAGUAGGAGUUUAUCUGGACUGGCCAGCCGGCACUCUGUCCUUCUAUAGAGCCUCUUCUGACACACUGACCCACCUGAACACAUUCACCUCCACAUUCAUUGAGCCCCUCUAUCCAGGGUUUAGGCUUUGGGGUGAUGGCGACUCAGUGUCACUCUGUCAGUGAUACACACACACACACACACACUGGAGACACACAUACACACUGGACACACACUGGACACACACACACACUGGACACACACACACACACACACACUGGACAACCACACACAUUGGACAAAUAACCACACACAUUGGAUGGACACACACACGCUGGACACACACACACGCUGGACACACACACACACACUGGACACACACACACUGGACACACACAAACAGACUGGACACACACAAACACACUGGACAAACACACACUGGACACACACAAACACACUGGACAAACACAUACUCACACUGGACAAACACUGUAACACACACACAAACACUGGACACACACACACACUGGACGAACACACACACACUGGACGCACACACACACUGGACGCACUCUCCCACACAUGCGCGUCUUCCUAUAAUUGUGAGGACCUUGACCCAAUAACACCUUUAAAAUACCAAUGUGAUCAUUUGUUAUACAACAAAUUAUGCAAUAAUAUAUUGACAAAUGCUCCAUAGUUGUACACAAGGAUGUAUAAGUAUACAAGGAUAUAUAGUACUUUUCAUAAUAAAACAUACCUGAAAUAAGAAAAGGCAUGUUAAUUGUGAAAACCGUUUAGUUAUUGAUUUUAUAUUGCCUCUGUCAGUUGCAGGUUGAUGUUAAAGUAUGAAUCUCGGAGCAUCAUAGCACCAUUAGGUGUAAAAACCCAGUUGCGGCUCACUUUUUGGAAUCGAUUUAGUCUCUGCAUUAUAUCGGCAUCAAACAUGUCACUUAGGAGAGAGGGGGUGACCUUGACAAUUUAUUGUUAAAACGAGAAGCUGCCUGGAUCUUUAAUUUAAAGACCCUUU